GUUUUACCCCUUCAAGUUGUUCGGUCUGCUCGGCGACGAGCGCGAGAGAGUGGCAGCCGAAAUGCUCGAUGACAGACCGUGUGUGCGAGACCAGUGGUCGAACGCCAUGCUCGAGGCGUACGGCGGGGACCCGCUGUCAGCCGACUUGCUUGCCCACUUGCGAGCCACGGCCACGUAUGCGAGGGAGGAGACAGUGCAGAUUGAAGCUAAGCACGCUACGUCGCGGCGUCGGCUCAUCGGCUUGAGCGUGCAGUCCAAGCGGGUGAGCGUCGAGCGGUUGAACGCUGACAAGUUGCAUUCUGAGAUGCGGAAGUUGCCAGGGCAGCGAGUUGAGGUCGACGGUGGCGGCGCGACCCUUGCGCGCCCUGAGAGGCCAGAUGGGAGGCGCAGGAGACGUCUCCACAGCGCGUGGUCCGUUUACUGUAGUGACCAGCUGCGGGCCCGUGCGUGCACGUCCUUCUCUGAGUGCUCGGAGGCUUACCAAGCGCUGUCAGGCCCUGACAAGCGCGCCUUGAAGCAACGUGCUGAUGACACGAAUGCCCUGGAAACUGCAAUCGGGGACGACGGCGGUGCGCCUGUCGCCAGCCACGCUGCUCGGGACAUCACGUUGGCCCAGCUUGCCGACCGCAUUGAGUCCGAGGCGCAGCGCUUGGGAGACACGGUGGACAACCCUUUCCAGUUGGCCGCCCGCAGAGUGUCCAGUGAAGUUGCAUUCAGCGGCGACUUGGGCAACACCGCAGAGUGCGUUCCAAUCGAUGGCUUGCGCCAUUGCAAGAAGGCGUGGCGAGCCGCAUCCAUGUUAUCGAGGCGGAUAUCUGAUGGGGAGCGCAGAAGGUUAGAGGCGUACCAGCUCAGCACAGGCGGUUUGCAGGAAUACUUAGAGAGAUGCGCGCCCGUGAUGGAUACUGACAUGCUGCAGCGAAGUUGGUCGGACCCACAACCUGAACCUUCGUACCAUAGGGUUAUGUGGUCACCGCCUGACUUGGCGAACGUGGCUCACCGCCUUGCGGCCUUGGACCCAGCAACGCGCCCAGUGAAGACGUUAUUCAAGGCAGCUUCCGAAGCCUGGCGCUCAGCCAAUUUGCCGGUCCGCACCGUUGCAUGGAGCAGAGAGCCGCCACUGACACACCGCAAGUGCCAUGAUGCUGGGAUGUGCAUUUGCAGUGGGCAGGGCCGCAAGAUUGCCAGGUGCAUCGGCAACCUUGUCUCUGCGACCAAGGCAGCGUGCCCUGCUGGCUCGACUGAGCGAUCUAGUUUAUUGGCUGCUCGGGUUGUUGUCCUCCUGAUAGGGCGCGAUCCCCCGCUGGCACUGGAAGACCAUGAACGUUGCGAUGCAGGCUCGCACCAGUCCAAGUGGCUCUUGAUCGGUGACGUUCACCAGCGGCCGUGGCGCCUUGAUUUCAGCAUACUGGUGGCAGGAGAUGGCUUUUCACUGGAUGUUCGCGAGGGGCGGGCUGCUUUCGAGAAUGACGUCAUGCUUGAUUAUGCGUACUCCGAGAGUAUUGACGUGCGGGCUCUGGGGGACUUGGAUUUAAAAUUGACAUGGCACGCUUGUUUCUGGAUUGCGAAGGACAAGGACGGCGUCCUCGAUGCCGUGCGCCCACGGCGCCUGAAUACAUCGCUUUUGGGCGACGGCUUGCUGCGGCUUAUCUGGGAGCCGCCUGCUGCGAGAGAGCCGCGCGGCAGCUGGGGCGCCUUGGCCGCCAUCGACGACGACGGCAGCGACUCUGGCGCAGAGGGCGGCGGCGACGUGGGCGAAGACGAGGGCAGCGCGGGCGGGUACGGCGACUCGAUCAGCAUGCGGCUCGGUGGCGGGACCUUGGUCUGGUAUGCGGCCAGCCGCCGCAUGUUCGCGCUGUGCGACUGCGUGGACCACGGCGGCAGGGCCGUGUGCAAAGUCAAUCGGCAGUGCUUCGCGGGAGCCAGGCGCUGGGUCGGCAGGCCUGCUGGUUUCUUGGCGGCGUGGCUCCUGUCACGCGAUGACUAUGUCGGGGCCAGGGAGCACAUUUUUCAUUGCCGCCCCUCGUAUCUACGGAGGAGGGCGGCCCGCGAUGCGUUGAAGGCCACGGCUGAUGGCCGCCUUCUUCUGUCAAAAGAGAGAGACAAGGUUGACGGCGAGGAUAGCGAGUGCGAUACGUUCAGGUAA